GAUGGAGCGAGUAGUACUUUUUGCCUUGCCUUGUGGCGAUUGACCAUAGCUAGAUCUUUCGAUUCCGGUAAAUCUGAGAGCUGGCAAGAAUGUAUAACUUCUGAACAAUAUGAGAAACACCAUGUUAAUUUCCGCAAUUUCUGGCGAUCUACAGUUGCAGAUUUCAGCAUUCUUGGAUGCACAGGGCGAUCUCUCGACAUCCAAGAAAAAGAACAUACUAAUCAAAAGCUGGCCUGCUUCAGCAAGUGAAACAAAAAGUCAUGCAUGUGCUAGGCCACAACAGAAGCUAUGAUUCAAAAAAGCCAAAUUGUAUACUUUUGCAUGCAAGUGGGAUCUCUCGCAUAUGUCUGCUUCUAAGACAGACAGUCAGUCUUCAAGGUCAAAUUUUCAGCUAAAAGUUUGAACUAGCACUAAUGCUCUAGAAGCGGGUUAUAAGCCGGAUUCCGCUUGCAUUACUAAAAAUGUGCCAGGAUGGCUAACAUGUGGGCCCUUCCUAACUUUUUUUUUGUGGGAGCCGUUUGAGUGAUUUUGAGAAUCAAGGGGGUUGUUUCUUCAACUUCUGCAGACGGCUUGCGCUGUCACCGGCGGCCUGCGGCAAGGGUACUACGAUGGCGGAGGGCGGCGGCGGUUCUAGGUCCGGAUGUGAAGCUCGAGACGGCGCGAGGCCGGUCCUCGUGGUGUCUCUCCCAACCCAUCGGAACCCUAGAUCCGACCCCGCCACCGCCACCGAGCUGAAGGGAGCCGACGUCCUCCCGGAGGAGAUCGUGGUGUGGGAGAUCCUGGUCCGCCUGCCGGCCCCGGCGGUGCUCCGCUGCCGCGCGGUGUGCAGCUCCUGGCGCCGCCUCACCUCCCGCGCCGACUUCCUCCUCGCCCACCACCGCCGCCAGCCCUCGCUCCCCCUCGUCGUGCUGCAAGGCGGGACCGCCACCGACCCGCGGAGAGGCCCCGAGGACUCCGAGUCCAAGCCCGGCCGCCGCCUCCUCGGCUUCGACGAGUACAACUCGGGUGCAAGCCGCAGCUUCGAGCUCCACGGCUCCUGCGACGGCCUCCUCCUGCUCUCCCUCUCCGACGGCCGCUUCAGCAUCUGCAGCCCGGCCACGCGCCAGCACACUCCGCUCCCGGCUCUCACCAACGCCGGCAGCAUCGUCGCCGAGGCGCUGUACCUGCACGGACCGUCCGGGGAGUACCGCGUCCUGUACUGGAACGAGGGGAUGCACCUGACCGACCACCACGCCGUCUGCUAUGUCAUCGAUGUGCCGCGGGGGCGCCAGCCGACGUGCAUCGGAGUUCCUGCAGCCUUCCCCGGCAUGAAGCUGGACGACAUUGCUAGUGCCGGGAGGAUGAGUGUUAACAAUUCACGCCCGCCCGUCCUGUUCCGCGGCUGCCUUCACUGGGACCCUGGCCGAUCCCCUUAUGCCGGCAUAGUCGUUUUCGACACGGUAGCUGAGUCGUUCAGGUGGAUGCGCUGCGCUGCUGCUGCUGCUACCGGCUACAGCACUCGUCUGCACGACAUGGGAGGGUCGAUUGCGCUCACUUGCUUCGAGGAUUGCAGGAGAGUGGCCAAGAUCUGGGUGCUGGCGGACUACGAGGGGGAGGUGUGGUCAUUCAAGUACAAAUUCCCAGUGGAGAGCAUCUAUAACGUUAGGCAUACAGAGCAUCUGGUUUUGUCCCACAAGUGCGAUAUGCUGGUCGAAGCUAACUCUGGAUGUUACAUGUUUCACUGUGACAGCAAUGGGAAGUUGCUACACGAAUUCUAUUUGGGAUUUUGGGGUUCAAGAAUUACUGGACAUAGGUACAAAGAGAGCCUUAGCCUUGUCAAGUAUGAUUUCUUCCCGAGGCGCUCGAGGCGAGGUGGUGCCCGUGUUGGGCAACCUCAUUUUUUCAGAUAGCUCUAAGGCGAUGGCAGAUCAAUUCAAUUAUCAAUUAUUCUUCGCAAAAAAAAGAUCAAUUCCGUCAUCACCUAUGUUGGUAAGAGUACUGGCUACAAUGCAAGGACUGAUCUUUAGGUGCUGCCGGUGGAAGAACUCCCAAGUCCCAACUAAUUGUGCCACCCUUGGGCAUUUUUGUCCAUUCGCAGCAGACAUUAUACAUUGUUUUCCUCAUUUGUGUCUCUCGAGUUCUUUUGUUUUGUUGAGUAAAGCCGAUUUUAAACCCUGAACUUAUAGACGAAGUCCAAGAUGAACCUGGACCUCCUACUUCCUGAAAUCAGCACCAUGUCCUUAUUAAUCA